CGCACCCGGCCCCGCCCCGCUCGCCCCUCCCGGCCGGGAGCGCCGCCAUGGCGCUGGAAGUGGAGCCGUCCGCGGCUCCCCUCAGCUCCUUCCUGAGGGACUUCCCGGCGCCGCUGGGCCCGGGGGAGCCGCUGCCGUGGAGCUCCGCGGGGAGCGGCGCCCUGAGCAGGGCCGAGGUGCCGGGCGCGCUGGCCGAGCGGGCGAGGAGCCUCCUGGGCAGCAGCAGAGAUGUUUCACCACUUCUUGCAGCAUCAUUGAUCCAUGCUGCAGUUGAUGAAGUUCUCCAAACAGACUUGACUGGCUUUAAGCUGCAAAAUGUGGAAACAGAGGGAGAAGGAGAUGAGGAAAGAUUCACCUUGCUGGAUGGGGAGCAGCUGCAGCGCUGCUUUUUCAACAAGCUGCGGGACGUGUGCUCCGCGUGGCAGGAGCAGCCGCCGCCGCUGCGGCCCCUGGCGCGCUUCCUGCUGGUGUCCAUCCACGCCAUCCGCAACGCGCGCCGCAAGAUGGAGGAUCGCCACGUCCUGCUGCCGGAGUUCAACCAGCUCUUCGGGCUCUCCGAUGAUGUUGAUCGUGCUUACUUCGCGGUGUUUGAUGGCCAUGGUGGAGUGGAUGCUGCCAAUUACUCAGCAACCCACUUACAUGUAAACGUUGGGUUACAUGAAGAGAUUGUUAAGAAUCCAGCUGAGGCCUUGAAAUGCUCUUUCCAGAAGACAGAUGAAAUGUUUCUUUUCAAAGCCAAAAGAGAGAAGCUGCGCAGUGGCACAACGGGUGUGUCUGCCUUGAUUGUAGGGAACAAACUGCACAUAGCAUGGCUGGGGGACUCUCAGGUGAUGCUGGUGCAGCAAGGGAAAGCUGUGACAUUAAUGGAACCUCACAAACCUGAAAGAGAAGAUGAGAGAGCAAGGAUUGAGACUCUGGGUGGCUGUGUAACCUACAUGGACUGCUGGAGGGUUAAUGGUACCUUGGCUGUUUCCAGAGCAAUUGGUGACAUCUGCCAGAAGCCCUAUGUCUCUGGUGAUGCAGAUGGAGAUUCCUUUGAGCUGACUGGCUCAGAAGAUUACCUGCUCCUUGCCUGUGAUGGGUUCUUUGAUGCCAUCAAGCCCCAUGAGGUUGUAGACUUGGUCCUGGAUCAUUUGAUGCAGACCAAAGGAGUGGGGCUCAAAGCAGCAGAGAGACUGGUGGCUGCUGCCAAGGAAAAUGGAUCCAGUGACAACAUCACUGUUCUGGUGGUCUUCUUGAGGGAUCCUCAGGACAUCCUGGCAGACUGCCUCAGAGACUCUAAGAGCCCUAGGGCUGAUGAUGAUGCUCAGAGCUCACCCUUUAACUUCCUCAGCUGCGAGGCAGCACCCACACAGUGACAGAGUCUGUUUAGCCCAGAAGGUUCAAGUAAGUUCAUGUAAGGAACUGCUUUCCAUUGAAGAAGCCUCUAAUACAGUAGGCAAAAUAUAUCAGGAAAAAAGACAAAUGGACAAAUGUGGAACAGAAAGGCAAGACCUGUUUUACUGAGUUCCCAUUUGUCUUUUCCUUCUCCCUUUUUCUCCCCCUUCCCUCAAAAAACACUGAGCAGAUGUGGAGAUUUGUACAGCUCUUUCAUCUCUGGGAGCAGACACUGAAGUGUGUCCCAGGGCUGUUGGUCAUAUCCCUCUGUCCUGGAAGGGUGAGAAACCAUACUAGGUAUAAGCUAAUGGAUGAGAAUAUGCAUUUCAUGAAUUCUGAGUGAAAUUUUGAAUUAGUGCUUGAAAGAGCACUGUAUGUUGUAUUUAACUGUGAUGUUACUUUGGAAGGUGGAGGGGAGAAACUGUCCCCACCACAGAAAAUUUUCUUCCUGUGUGUGUUCUGUAGGAACAGACCUGGGGUGCAGGGACUGGGUGACACCAGUGUGCUGUGUAAGGUGCUUUUGGUUUGUACCAAAGAUAGUACAAGAAUGAUGUGGCCUCUUUAUUCAAACACAAACAUUUAACAUUCGUGUGUAUGAGAGGAGGAAAUAAAAUUGGAUGCUCCAGAAAAGCAGGAAAACUAGCUACAGAUAUCCCAGGGAAAAUUACAGAAAAUCAACUGCUUUCUGGGGUGCUCUGGUUUAUAAACUGGAAUCUGAUAUUUAACUGCACUGAGUUGUUUCUCCCUAACAAACAUGCUUAUUGGCUAUUUGGCAACCUGAAAAGACCCCUCUUGUGGUAUUUGAGAGAGAUCUUUACAGUUUGUGUGCUCAAGCAGGUAAAUGUCCUCUUCCUGCCACUAUUUUGUGUACUAUAACAAAGGAAGAAUUUAUUUUUUUGUAAGUGUUUAUUUGUAAAUUUUCUGAACUUUACAUUUGUGGAAUGUUUUGCAGUGUUACUUUAUUUUGUUGUGAGUUUUAUUUAAACUGGAAUUUUAAAGUGGCUCUGUCUUUAUUACCUGGUGUAAAAAAACUGACUGUCCCUCAAGUGCCUUAAAUAUUUCACCCAAGGAUUUCUGGCUGCCUAUCACAGUCUGGUGAGCCAGUUCCUAAUUUUUAAAAUGUGACUUUUUGUUUUCAUCGAUGCACUUAAAUGUUUCAGUUUGUGAAUUAUUUUAGUGGUAGCUAGGUUUCAAGAAAACAUCUUUAAUUGUUGCCAAAUCUUGUGGUUUGUAGUAAAAGCUUGACUGUGACUUACUCCCUGCCCUGUGCAGAAAGCUUUAGGGGUUUAAUCAUAAAGUAACAAUCUCAGUAAUUAUCUUUCCCUUAAAGAAGUAACUUCUGGCCUUCACAAAAAAUUUAGUAACACAAACUAGAAACAAUUUAGUAACAUUUUUUUCCUAAUGGAAGGUUAAUUUGGCCACACUUCAUGAACCUUUUGGGUCAGAAUAACUUUCUAAGGAUCUGUGAAGCUCAGAGGAUGAAAGAAGUGUAAUGAAUAUGUGAGGGUGUUUGCACAAGUGCUCUAUUCAUGGCGUGCUAGAGCCUGUGGUUGUGUUUUGUCUUGCCUGGCUAGCAGGACUCAACAAGAUCUGAAGGCUCAAUGGUAAAUUUGUUAUUAAUUUCAGUGUCUAAACAAGAAGUGCUUUGCAUCUGGCAGCAAGAUUGUAUGCCACAUUUAGAAGCACAUGUCAUUGCAAUAUGUCAGUCCUGUUGAUUAAAAUAUGGUGAGCAUUAAUGUUGCUUGGGGAGGAAGUUGAGGCAGAAGAGUUGGAAAGGCUCAGAGGGAGAACAGAGCAGCACUGUCUGUGUCCACAGCCUGGAUCCUUGGCUGAUGUGGGAUGGUGCAGUGACCCAAGGCUUUUGCUGCAAUUGCUGUGGAUGAUCCUACAGUUUUUGAUGUAGGAACUCCUCAGUGCCCUCCUCUCCCACUGCACAGCAGCUCAGACAGCAGCUGCUUUGUGUUGACACAGGGGCUUUUCUGCUGUGAAGGUUGAAAGCAGUUUUCCACCCUACAUUUUGGUGUCUUAAAAUGUAUGGGGAAGGCUUUCCAUGAUGGCAGCCUGGUGGGGUGGGCAUCAGUGGUUGUAGUGAACCUUCUUCACUUAAGGAAGCUCUUAGAGUUGUUCAGCAAUCUCCUUGGAUUUAUCAACUCCUCUGUCUUUGAUUUCUAGCCAGAUACUCAAUUGCAUGCUAAAUCCUGAUGACCACUAGUGCCUCUUGGUGUCUUAGAAAUAAUUCUAUUAUUAAUAUAGUUAGAAUCGUGCAGAAUUGAUUGAUAUCUGAGGGUUAUCAGGAGAGGAGACAAUUAUUGUGUUUAUGAAGGAAGGUGUGAAAUACCUGUAAGUUCAUUAUAUGGUUUCAUUUGUGAAAUUUGCCAAAUUUCCUCAAAGGUGAAAGGGAUUGAACAAGCCAAACUCUUUAUAAUGGUUAUUUUUUUCAACCUUUUCUGGGCAGAUUGGCAUUACAGAGGAAAGAAAGUCCUGAGUCUUUUGAUGGAUGCUUGCAGCUAUGUGAGAAUAUCCUUUUUUAUUUCAAAUUUGAUAAUUUCUGUUUUAUGGGAGUUAAGUGAAGUGGGCCUUUAGAAAGCUGUCUGUGGCAAUCAUAAAAUCUAAUUCUCAAGCAAUGCUCUAGGGAAGAAAUUCUGCAUUCUUAAAAGCUGUUCCCUUACAUUUGCAUUCAUUCUGACUGACAUAGUGCUUUAUUUCUUUGAGAUGUAAAUGAAUAGGAGCAGUCUUUGAGAAGUCAUAGAGAUUACAGCAUGGAUUGAAAGUGUUUCUCUCAUUUUCAGAUACUUCUUACUAGCUUUAAAAAGUCUGGUUAGGUCAACGAAAAUUGUAAUGGGUCAAAAAAGGCAGUUUGUAUCCCAUAGCUAGAAUAAGUAAUUCCUAAUGUGUCAUCUGCAGGAAAAUCCCAAAUACAGUUUGGGGGGAAGCUGUAGAAAUUAGCUGAAGGAUUCAAGACAAAUGUUCAAUAAUUUUCAUGUCUUACUAGACUCCAGAUGAAUGUCUGCUGAGUGCAUUUUAGCACUCAGUAGAAGAAAAAUUGCUCUUUAGAGGAGCCUGAAAUUUUAAAACGGAGCACACUUAAAUUCUUUUGUUGCUUGGCUGGAAACUGACUUCAGUUCUGCUUAGUGGGUAUCCAGCAUCUCUUUUGCUUAUGGGUAAUUCAUGCUUCUACCUUCCUUCCUUUCCUCUCCUUCCAAGCUAUACACCUAAGACAGUGAAUAUUCUGGGUCUGACAGAGACAAGAUUAAAGUUUUACAAAUAACAUUUGAGGGGGGUUUCAUUUUGGCUUUUUUUUUUCUGAGAAUACAGAUGAUAGAAAUGCAGGAGAAUUCUUAGAACAGAGGGAGAUUAAGUAAAAUCCACCCUCUGAGUGAUGGAGGAGUGAAAGAGAGAGACAGGAAUGCAUUUAAGUAUUAUUAAUGCCUAUUUUAAAAAGGAAGUGGGCUGGAAAAUAGAGCUACAAAUGUCAGUUCUUUAGAGUGAAAUACCAGUGCUUGAAAGAAUUAGAAACACACCCAUUAAAAAGGCAGAGCUCAGCUGUGGUAACUCUUGUCUUCAAACAGCCAGAGAAGGAGCAGCACUAAAGUGUCCAAGGUGACUUUCUGUGACCCCUCAACGCUACCCUGGAAGCUAAUGCUCCUAAAUGGAUUUUUCCAAACAUCCUCCUGUGUAAAGUGGUGCUAAGAGGGAGCACCCAGCCCCUGCAGUUCCUGGUCACUGUGCAAGUGCUGCUGUGAGUAAACCUGGAGUGUGUUAAUGAGUGGAGGGGAUGGGGAGCCCUGCAGGAUGAGUAAUUGGGCACCGAGUGGUUACAGCAGUGCUGGCAGCUGAGUAGUGUUAAUCACAGUGAUGACUUUAAUAGCAUUUAAUAGACACUUAUCUCAAUUCAAAGUCAGAUGUGAUACUGCUCUUUUAAAAAGCAUUUCCAGGGCCAUUAACCUUCUGUCGUGAGGAGCCACUAAAAUUUCCACUUUUUUCUUGGGUGUUGGGAAAAGUACUUCUCUUGUUUUCUGAAUUCUGGAGACAAGUUGGCUGUCUGCACUGGAAAACCUGUGUUCAGUUGAUAGCUUAAAUCAGUUAUUUGGGGUUGAAGCUUCCACUUCCCUCCCAGGCAAAAAAAAAAGUCCUUGAAACCAAGACCUAAAAACUAACCUAAAAAAGGUGUUUCCAAAACAAGUGGCUGAGAACUUUUGCAAAUGAUAUUUAUAAAUGGCAUUGCACGAAAGGUAACCAGCAAAUACCCUCAAUCUAUAAAGGGCAUAGACAGCAAAGUCCAAGUUAAUGUUCCAGCUCUACUCUUAGUGCAAAUUCAACUCUGUAGGUUAAAUUAUUUGUAUUCUCGUGGGUGCAGGUACUGAAUGUGCAGCACCAGCCAUUGUUUCUAGUGUUAUAGUACUGAAGUAUCAAGCAAAUGCUUUAGGGAGAGGGUGGGGGGAUGUUAGCCACAACAGAGCAGAUUGCAGAUGAUUCAUGUAUAAUUUAGCUCUGGUUAAGCCUGAAUUAAACUUCCCUGCUUAGUUCUAUUACUGUCCCUUUUGCAAUUGGGCCUGUGCCUUCAAACAGAUUCUUACUAGGAAAAAAUGGUUCAUUCCCCCUUUUUGAGGGGCAAACCCUUCUGAUGAACAAAAUGCCACCCGGGGAGGAUUGGGGAAAGAGAAAAAUGAGCUUUCAAAUGAAUGUGAAACUACCCAAUCUAAAUGAGGUUAUGUCCUCUCCCUAAAGACAAAUUUAUAGCAGCUCUGGUUGCAUUUGAGUAGUACUGGAAACCAGGGGGGUUCUGCCAAGCUCAUCAAAACCUUUCAAACAGCAUCAAAACCAAGGGGCUGGCCCUUUCUGUGUUGCUAAAUCGAGCCACUCAACCAGCCAGCCCUGUGGAGUAUUUGUUUUGCAGCAUUGACAGCUCUUAAGAGCUAAGCCAGAAACUUUCUGCAUGUAUUUUGGUUGGAUUUUAUUUAAAGUUAUUUUUAUUUGUAUAAGUCAUGUCAGUAAACAAAUGGAGACUUGAAGGAGUGACUGCACUUCUGAACAUGUAUCUGUCAUAGACACUUGUUAAAGUAAUGCCUUAAAAUGAGUUGGUAGGAUCUUGUGACAGAUACCCUUAUCUCUGCAUGGAACAGGAAACCAAAAUCUUCCAGAGAAUCACAUAAACCUUUAUUUUGGUGUGACCUAUCAGACCUGAACGCUCACAAGCUCUUCAGUGUUCCUGGUUUAAUGCACGUUCCAAGCUGCACAUGCUGCUGCUGCUGAACACAAAAAUAAACAAGGGACAGCUGUGUUGGCCACAUAGAAAUUUAGCAAGAUGCAGCUUUUGUUAAGUAGAAGAGGACAAAAUCAAUAGGAAAAGAAAUGUUUUCAAGCUUCUUGGAAUGCAAACAAUGGAAUUUAAAAAAAAAGCAGCCUAGAAGAGUUGGCAGUGCACUGUCGGCUGAAAACCACUGUUUCAAGCAAAUGAAUUUGGCUGUGUUGUGAUGUCUGUUUUAUUUUGAUAACAAACUUCUCUCAGUCAGUUUUAUGUCUUAUUAUGUGCCUUUUAGCUAAAGAGACAAGAGACAUUCAGUUCCUUAGAGAGUUAAAUAUAUCUGGGCUUUGUGACACGCUAGAUCCUGAUUAUUGAAUUUUCUCUCAACUAUUAAGCCUGAUUACUAAUUUCCAGGAGAUAUUAAUAUAUCAAAUACUGAAAUUAUUACUGAUUAAAUAGUUUUUGGGUUUCCAUGCACAGGAAUGUCAUUGGUCCUUCCUGAUCAAUUGGAUGACUCCUUGAAGUUAUUUAUCCCUUUUGAGGCCAUACAUUAGGCAGGUAAAAGGUUUGUUGCUUUGGCAAAUGGAACUGGAAUGUGUGACCAUCAUUCCUGCCAGGAGCUGUUUAUCCUUUUAUCUAAGCAAUGAUGCUUCUUUUUGGAUAUCCAAGGAUAGAGAGAUAAUAGCUAGCAAACCAGGGUGAAACCUUUGUGAAAAGGCAUUUGGCUGAAUAUUGCAUGAUUAAUGCUGCUUUCUUUGUCUGUUUUUCCCACUUUUUUUUCUUUAGUGUAUUCAAUAAUAGCAAGAUUUUUUUUUAUUUGGAGUGAAAACUUCAUACUGACAAAUAAAAAGGCCAGUAUGAAGUUUUUAUCUCUAAGUUCCUUUUAACUUAAUGUCUUUAAUUACUUUUAACUUCCUCUUCUCAAAGAAAGUUCUGCUGUGUCCUCCCUAUUUUAUUCCCAAUUUUCUUCUUCUCUGUCUUUUAUGUCCUUUUACAUUGUCACCAUCUGUCUCCCAAAACCGCUGCUUUUUAGGCUAUAAAAUGUUGCCUGUUAAGUCAGUUUAGCUGCCACUUUGUAAUUUUCACUUCAUCUGUGUCCAUAGUGAAUUUGGUCCAGUCUUUGGAGGCCUGCAAUACCAAGAGUGUAAAAAGAACCAUGUCAGCUAGGAAGAUAAGAGACUACAAUAACUGUUGCUUUGGCAUGGACCAGUAUUGGAUAUGUAAGAAGAAAAUCCUGUUAUUUGCAUUUUACUUCAUAGGAAUACUUAAGCUUAUUUCAGGUGACAGUAGCUCUCACCCUGAUUACAGGAGUUCAGAAACGUUCCUGUCUCUGUCUUUCCUUAUUCCUGCAGAUUGUUUGUGUUUUCAAACAUUUGCACUGUUGAGAGUGGGGGGAAGCCUUCUGCCUUGCCUGCCCUGUGCCAGCCCAGCUGGGAGCAGGCAGGGAGGGAGCAGAGCUCAGCCCCAGGCUCAGCAGCCUCUCAGUGCCGUUCUUCAGGGUCUGCCCGCGCUGUAACCCCAGUCCCCGCUUGAGGAGUGGUGAGUGAGACCUCUGCAACUACUCCUGCUGACUUACAAAUAUCUCUUCUUAUCAGUAUUAAAACAGUACAAGAGCAGAGCUGUUGCUUUAGGCACAUUUCUUGCCACUGUGUUGGCUGAUGAACCUUGAAUGGAAGUAAGAGGGCCAGUGACUUUGAAAUAGGAGCUGUUAGCCAAGUUUUGUAGAAUCAUAGUCCUUAUUUAUUUUAUAUGCUAAUCUGCACUUGUGACCCUGAGCAGAAAAGCUGCAGUACAGCAGGUUUUAUAAGGUGUGGCUUAACCAGUUAUCUAGUCUCUUAAAACUCUUAUUUAAGCUGACUGGUUUUAUGCACAAGUUGAAAACCUGUUGUCAUUGGUCAUUAAAUGCUAUGCAUAUUGUACAUUCAUUUACAUGGAUUGUUCUAAUAGUGCUUGUUGUAUUAUGCUACAUUACCAUAUAUUUUAUAUAUGUAUGUAUUGCAUGAGGUUUAAUUGUUGGGAAUUUUUUGUACUGUCACUUUUGUAUUCACACAGUGCCUCAUGUAUCUAUUUGCAUAUUGCAAGAAGUUGUUUCAAAACAGUGAUUGGAAACAGGUGGGGAUAAGAACUUGCCACUGUAGGAUCUGAUGGUUCUGAAGUAUUAAUAAAGUAAAGUGACUCAAA